CCAACUAAAGACAAUGGAGAAUGUCAUGCUCUUUUGUGUUUUUUCAUACUUGAUUGUUCAGAUCACUUCUAGCGAUGUUUCAGAACAUGAUGUGAGUGUGUUAAGAUUUCAGCUGAAUGAAAGCAUCACUCUGAACUGCAGCUUCACCGACAUGCAUGAUAUGGCCUGGUAUCACCAGAAUCCUGAAUCUGGACGACUAACAAUACUGAUAUUUGCCAGAAGCAUCGGAACAAAGCUAUUUACAGACUAUCAAAACAGUCGUCUGACAAUUACAGCAGAUAUGCUGACCAAAACAGCCUCACUAGUUAUUACUGGACUAAUACAGUCAGAUUCAGGUCUUUAUUUCUGUGGAACAAGAUCAGUGAAUUCAGAUAUGCGCUUUGGAAACCCCAUCAGAAUACAGAUCGAGGAAAAGCUGACAGACAGUGAGGACGAAGCUCAUUCUGAUGCUGAGAUCACAGGAUUAUUCAGAUCACUUCUAGCGAUGUUUCAGGACAUGAUGUGACUCUGUUAAGAUUCCGGCUGAAGGAAAGCAUCAGUCUGAACUGCAACACGACCGACAAAAUCAGAACGGCCUGGUAUCACCAGAAUCCUGAUACUGGACGACUAACACUACUGCUGUCUACCAUCUAUAAUACACUGUAAAAAAUGAUUGUGAUUUUAACAGUAAAAAACUGUAAAAUACCACAGUAAUAACCUGUUAAAUGAUUAAGAGUAAGUUUCCUUACUAUAUACAGUGAAUAACUGUAAUAGAUCUAACCUUUGUUUUCGAGAAAGUAGCCUCAGAGUCGACACUCACAGACUGUGUCUGAAACCACACCCUACACCCUCAUUCACUAGUCCUACAUUACUGCACUAUAUAGUCCACUAGACAGAGUGAUUGAGAACAUAUGAGUGAAUUCAGACACUGAUGAACACCUGCUGUUAACAAACACAAUCACUGAAGGAAAGAACAAGAAACAAAACUACAACUGACAUACAGCCACAGCCUUAAAUGAAAUCAACUGAAAUAAAACAGCAGAGGAUGAUUAAACAACUCCACAAACAGCAUCACCAGCUCCACUUAUUACUAACCAGUUUGACUUCAUUUCUGUCAUAUAUCUAUGAAUUAACAGAGGUUUAUAUUUUAUUUCAAAUGUUUUGUUUUACCUCACCAUCUUGGUGAUCGGUGUUUGCUUUAGUUAUGCUCUUGACCCUUGACUCUUUAAAAUUAGUUUUUUUUUGGCUGUUGUAACUGUGUUUGUAGAGCACAUUUAUUAUGACAAGAAAAGCCAAGAGAAAUUGUAGUUAAGUAGUUUUGGUUAAAACUUAAACGCGGUGGUCAUCGUCAGUUAGUGUCAAGCAAUAUGGGUGAUUUGUAAUUAUUUUCACAUUGUUUAUGGUAGUAAUAUUACUCUACAAAUUAAGCUGACAAACCAUGAAAAAUUUUUAAAAACCUUUUAUUCACAAAACCUUCAGAGUUACAGCACCAUUUAGAAACACAGACAUCAGGAAUCAGCACAUGAACCUCAACAAUGGUGACUAUUAAUAAUAAAAAACAAUUCAUGCAGCAAAGCAUGCUGGGUGCCAGUACAAAACUCCCAGCAUGCACUGCAGCAUGAAUAAAUUAUGCAGCUGAAUGUUCUUAAUAUUUUCUUUAUUUGCUUUUAUUUUGGUGUUGUUUUUGUUGUUACUUUUCAGUAGACUGAUUUGUGAUGUUCAGAGUUGAACCGUUUUUAAAAAAAUUUUAUAUCAUUUUUGAUUGUCACCAAUUUUGAGAUUCAUAUGCCGAUUGCUGAUGUCUGUGUGUGUUUAAGUUCUGCCAUAGUUCAGUACAUUCAUUUGUGCAUAUUCUGGUUAGAGCUGUUUCACAACAUUUGAUUGCUGUAGUAUCAGUGGAGCAAUUAACAUAUUACAUGUUUAGAUGAGAGAGACUUAACACGGGAUAAUCAAUUAAUUAAACUAGACCAUGUUGGUGUUGACAUCACAAAAAUCAGUCUCCAGAUGAUGAUAGAUUUGUUUGGUGUUUUUGCUUUAAAAACUGUGCUUAAUAAACACAGCUAAUUAAAAGCAAGCAAACAAAAACCAAUGUUAA